CGAGCCGGAGCCGCAUCGAAGCUGCGUCCGGGCCGGCGGAGCGGCGGUGGCGGGGUUGGCCGGGGCGAAGGGGCGCUGGAGCCUGGGCGGGCGGGCAGAGGGCCGGGGGGGCGCGGCCAGGGAGCGGGUGACGGGCGUGCCGGGGGGAUGUGCGCCUGGGCUGAGGGGCGGGGCGGGCGGCGGCCGCGGGAGCGGCGCCGGGGGCGGGCGGCGGCAUGAGGCGCGGGGCCGGCGGCCGCGGGAGGGCAGCGCGGCUCGCGGCCCGGUCGCUCCCGCUGCAGCUGCUGGCCGGCACGCUGUGCCCUGACAGCUGGGCCUCGGCCGCUCUCGUCUCAGCCGCGUCCCGCGCCGCCGCAGGUGACCACUCGCCGCGCCGCCGGAGGCUUCACCCGCGUCCUCCCUCAGGACGCGCCCGCGGAGCUCGGGCGCCUUCUCCCCGGACCCGGAGGCCGCGCUGCGCGGGGCGGCGGCGAGGCCGGAAGAUGGCCUGGGUGCUCAGUAUGGACGAGGUGAUCGAGUCCGGGCUGGUGCACGACUUCGACUCCAGCCUGUCCGGCAUCGGACAAGAGCUGGGCGCUGGCGCCUACAGCAUGAGUGAUGUGUUGGCGCUACCCAUUUUCAAACAAGAAGACUCCAGCCUUUCUUUGGAGGCUGAGGCCAAGCACCCCCCAUUCCAGUACGUAAUGUGUGCUGCAACCUCACCAGCCGUGAAGCUGCAUGAUGAGACGCUCACUUACUUGAACCAAGGCCAGUCUUAUGAAAUUCGGAUGCUGGAUAAUCGCAAAAUGGGAGAUGUGCCUGAGAUCAGUGGGAAGUUGGUGAAGAGCAUCAUAAGAGUGGUGUUCCAUGACAGACGGCUACAGUACACGGAGCAUCAGCAGCUUGAAGGCUGGAAGUGGAAUCGCCCAGGAGACCGGCUUCUUGAUUUAGAUAUUCCAAUGUCUGUGGGAAUAAUUGACACAAGAACAAAUCCAAGCCAGUUAAAUGCAGUUGAAUUUCUGUGGGACCCUGCAAAGCGCACAUCUGCCUUCAUUCAGGUACACUGUAUCAGCACCGAAUUCACCCCACGUAAGCAUGGAGGUGAAAAAGGAGUGCCUUUUAGGAUCCAGGUUGACACCUUUAAGCAGAAUGAAAACGGGGAAUACACAGAUCAUCUUCACUCAGCUAGCUGCCAAAUCAAAGUCUUUAAGCCUAAAGGUGCGGACAGGAAACAAAAAAAUGACCGAGAAAAGAUGGAGAAGAGAACAGCUCAUGAAAAAGAAAAGUAUCAGCCGUCUUACGACACCACCAUCCUCACAGAGUGCUCUCCAUGGCCCGACACCCCUACAGCCUAUGUGAAUAACAGCCCUUCCCCAGCGCCCACUUUCACCUCCUCACAGCAGAGCACGUGCAGUGUCCCAGACAGCAAUUCUUCAUCCCCAAAUCACCAGGGAGAUGGAGUUGCACAGGCAUCCGGGGAGCAAAUUCAGCCUUCAGCUACAACCCAGGAAACACAGCAGUGGCUGCUCAAAAACAGGUUCUCUUCCUACACAAGACUGUUCUCUAAUUUUUCAGGUGCCGACUUAUUAAAGCUGACAAAGGAGGAUUUAGUUCAGAUUUGUGGUGCAGCCGAUGGAAUUAGGCUCUAUAAUUCCCUGAAGUCAAGGUCGGUUAGGCCCCGCUUAACCAUCUAUGUCUGCCAGGAGCAGCCGAGCAGUGCUGUGCCACAAGGGCAGCCACAAGCUGCAGGCAGUGGAGGUGAAGGUGGCGCUGGGACGCCCUGCGUUUAUCAUGCAAUCUACUUGGAAGAAAUGGUUGCUUCAGAAGUUGCUCGAAAACUUGCCUCGGUGUUUAAUAUUCCUUUCCACCAAAUUAACCAGGUUUACAGACAGGGCCCCACUGGUAUCCACAUUCUUGUUAGUGACCAGAUGGUUCAGAACUUUCAAGAUGAGAGUUGUUUUUUAUUCUCUACAGUAAAAGCUGAAAAUAAUGAUGGUAUUCACAUAAUUUUGAAGUGAUACCUUAUACAGACUGAACUCUAUUCAGUACCAAAUAAAGUCAUGCUUAAAAGUGUGUGAAGACUGAAUCCAAGAAGUCUGGGAAUUGGAUUUUACUGUGAAAUGUUUCAUAUUGAAAACACAAGAUGACCUUCCUAAUGAGCUGUAGGAGAGACAAGUCUCCUCAUUGUCACUGCCACAGCCCAGCAUCCUCGUGAGAGAGAGCAUGUCAGGUGACGUGCAACCAGCUCCUAACCAUGGUGAUCACGAGUACUUGCUUCCCUGGCAGGGGCCAGCGGAAAGACCCCCGCCCCACCUCCCCCAGAAGCAGUUGCUGCUGCUUUUCACACUGUAUGCGGUUUGGAUUGAAUGUAAAACUCAACCGUGGGCAUUUACCUUUCUGUGCCAGUUUGGCUUUUGUUGCCUGACCCUUAUGCUGACCUGGGGAGGAGAUAGGGGGAGCUUCUGGGGGAGCUGCCCUGCACUGCGCUGACAAAGCAGAAUCGGUCAGGUAAGAGGCUGAGCACCUCCUCCGAAGUGAUCAUGUCUGAAGGUGUUCGUCAGAGGGGAUCCUGCCAGACAAGAAGGGCCAAGAUGAUGAGCAAACAGCACUGUCAGCCAUACCUUGUGAGGUCAGUGUGAGCCCUAAGAGUACAGAGACUUGGGUGUUUGGCUUUCGCUCCCAGUUUUAGCAUUUUAGUUUCUGGAUCUCACCUUUUGAAGCCUCCUUGCCUUUUAAACUCGUGUGGUUUCCUUUUCUCAUCUCCCCAUUCCCCCACUUCAGCCUCCCAAGUAGCUGGGAUGCUAGGUGUGCACUCACUUGUCUUGUGCCCAGCUCUGUUCUUAAAUAUGUCUAAAGCCCUUCCCCAGACAUUAGAACUAGGUGAUGGAAUGGGGGACAGUAUUGUUGUUGAUAGUUUCUGAUGAUAUUAAAGGAAUUUUUUGAAUGAGACAAAAUUACCCAUGGAAACACUAGAUGUCAUAACAAGACACUAAAAUGUACCAUAAACCUUCCCUUUUCUCCCCUCAAAUACUGAGUUUCAAUACAAUCAUGGAUAGAUAGUGUGGUGAUUGGUGGGGGCUCUAUACUCUGCAUCCUUCUUGCUUUGUCUGUGACAGGUGUGCCUGUGAGUCGUGUACUCGCACACUGCUCAGAAAGGGAGUCGUUGGCUUUUCCCUUUCUACGCCGCCAUUACCUCUCCCCUCACUCCGAGUUUUUAAAAACUUCUUUCCAUUUUAAUUAUGUAGCGUCUGUACCCGUUUGCUCAGCUGCUGGCUGUGAAUGCGCUUGUCUGACCCCUGUUGUUCGGGUGGGUAGGAAUAGUUAAGGUUUAAGUGUAAUCUCCCCCAGAAGACAGACUACUCCAUCCUUCAGUGGGCAGAAGCGUUGACAGCCUGUUUUACCUGUCCCUGGUUAAUUACUUGCCACAAAACAAACUGUCUCAAUAUUUUCCUCUGGGGCUUGGCAGUGCUGUAGCUCUGCAAGCCCUCUAGGGGGCGCUCCCAUCCGUCCUUCCCUUUGCUUUUGUGUGACCACAUGCUUUCUUUCUGUACCAUUCACUUACUUGGGAAAGAAGUGAAUUUAUCUCCUAAUUGUUUUAGAAUUUUGCUUGUCUAUUUAGCUUUCUUUUUUGGAUCUCAUGAUUUAUGGAACAAUAAAUGUCAUUUAAUGCUGUG